CGCACAAGGCUGAAUGAAAGGUUGGGGAAAUUCUUGAGCCAUCCAUCAAGAAUCCCUUGUACAAUAACAUCAUUUCCAUGCCUCGAUCCUACCCCCGGACUCUUACAUGACCCAGCGAAUACUCUCCGCCAUGGCGUCGGCACCCGCCAAAGUGCUAGAAGGCAUCUUCGCGAUCAAUAAACCCCAGUCCUUGUCCUCAGCACAAGUAAUCCGUGACCUCCAAAUCAAGUUCGCCGAGUCCAAAACAUUCGCUCCCUUACUAGAAGAGACCAGAAAUGCAGCCAGAGAGAAUGGUUCCAAGAGACGAAGGGUCAGUAAGGAGAACGUCUUCAAAAUCGGACAUGGUGGUACUUUGGAUCCAUUAGCAACUGGAAUUCUGAUAAUUGGCCUUGGAAGAGGAACAAAGCAUCUCUCUGGGUUUCUGGAGUGUAAAAAGACAUAUGAAACGGUGGUGUUGUUCGGUAAAAGCACCACGACCUACGAUGUUGCAGGCAAGGUCGUGGCCGAGGCACCGACAUCGUCGAUCACAAGGGCUGCAGUUGAGGAACAGUUGGUGAAGUUCCGGGGCAAAUCCAAACAAAUCCCUCCGAUUUACAGUGCCAUCAAGAUAGACGGAAUGAAGUUGUACGACUAUGCAAGAACGGGCAAAGAACUUCCACGGGAAUUGGAGAGUCGUGACAUCGAGGUGUCGGAUUGCACACUCCUGGAUUUCUGGGAGGCCGGGGAACAUGAUUUCCGGUAUCCAGCAGAGCAGGCCUCUGACGAAGAAAAGGCAACGACCAAGAAAAUCAUGGAAGGAGUCACCGCCACUAAGGAAUCAAUGGCAAAAAAUCGGUCGGAAGCGAAAAGUGACAUUUUGGCUGCCAAAGCGGGGGAAAAUUCACUACCGCCAGCGCAAAAGGCAGCUUUACAUACUCAUCCACUACCAACGCAGGAAUCCGAACCUGCCCAAGCACCCGCAGCUCGCAUCCGAUUGACAGUCAGUAGUGGAUUCUACGUCCGUUCGUUUUGUCAUGAUCUAGGGAUCAAUUGUGGCUCGUGGGGGACAAUGGCGGCAUUGAUUCGGAGUCAACAGUCUGAUUUCACGACACUUGAUCCAGCGCCUGAAGGAUUUGUGACUGCUUUGACAUACGAAGAUCUCGACGCGGGAGAAGAAGUAUGGGGACCAAAGAUCAGGCCUGUGUUGGAGAAAUGGCUCGAUCAGCAUCCUCCGGGGUCUCAACCGCCAGCACGUGAAGCUGGUGGAGUCGACAAUCAAGGACGAAAUAAUGGCAAAAGUUUCAAGCGUGUAAAGGGGAUCGGGGGACAAAAGAAAAGUUGGAACAACAAGGAGCGGGACUACUCUUCCCCACAGACAAGAAGACGCAAUAGUUCAUCUCCAGAAGCAUGAGAUGGACGCAAGUGUAACACCACUAGUAGCAGUAUUGUACAAAGAGGGUCAUUAGCAGGAGCAAAUAAGAUGAAAGACAUGUUAUACAG